CCAUUCUUCAUCCAAAAACCGCAACACCACAGCCAAAAUGUCGGCCACAUCACGACCCAUGAAGCACAUUGAUCGCGAGGAUCUCUACACCAACCUCGAGGCCCGCGUCAUGUACCUUCACUCAUUCCUUGACUUUUCUAGCCGAGACAUUGAAGCCCUCAUCACCGGCGCCAAAUACGUCAAGGCUCUCAUCCCCGCCGUCGUCAACAUCGUCUACAAGAAGCUCCUCCAGUACGAUAUUACCGCCCGUGCCUUUACCACCCGCAGCACCUCGUUCGAGGGCCCUCUCGAUGAGGUGCCCGACGAGAACAGCCCUCAGAUUCUGCACCGAAAGAUGUUUCUGCGUGCGUACCUGACCAAGCUGUGCUCGGAUCCCAGCAAGAUGGAGUUUUGGGAGUACCUGGACAAGGUUGGCAUGAUGCACGUCGGACUCGGUCGCAAGCACCCCCUCCACAUCGAAUACGUCCAUCUCGGCGUCUGCCUAGGCUUUAUCCAGGACAUCAUGACGGAAGCCAUCCUCUCACACCCCCGCCUACACAUUCAGCGCAAGACGGCGCUCGUCAAGGCCCUCAACAAGGUCAUCUGGAUCCAGAACGAUCUCAUGGCUAAGUGGCACGUCAAGGAUGGCGCCGAGUUCGAGACUGGCGAUUCAGAUAUUGAGAUUGAGCGCGAGGGUUACCUGCACGGCAAGCGCAUCCUUGGCGAUGGCACCGGCUCCGAGGAUGACGCUUCGGAGCACCACCAGCCCGCCACGCCGUCGCGGAUCCCCCACCCGGGCAUGGCGGCCGGCGGGGUGUGUCCAUUCUCGGGGAUGGGAGCCCCGGCCGACGAGGCCAACUGAGCGUGAUGAAGCUUGGCGUUUUGACUCGAGACGGGGUCUCGAGAGAGCAAGGAUAAAGGGUUCAAAUGUUUAUAUCUGGCGUUAAUGAUGAUAACCUACUUUGGGAGGCGGGUACUCGGGCAUUUGGGGUUUCAAGGCAGUUAUUGUUUGUCUUUUUGGAUGUUCUAUGUCUGGUGUCUAGAUGGAGAAGAGUUAUGAGAAUGAUUAGGUAACAAGAAUACCACAACUCAAUUCCCACGGGACACCU